CACCAAGUCCCAAGUGUUACUUUUUCCUUAUCGUACAACUAUUCCCAUCCCAUUGACCUUUCUCGACUUCUUCUCUACCUUCAGUCUACUGCUCCCUCCUAGCCACGCCCUUGAGGUUCUGUCCCUACUCUCCUUCGUCUGUCUUCGAAGCUUUAAUCACUCAGGUUUCCUCUCCACGCUACUCCCAAAUAGUUCUCUCCGCUCCCCGACGCCAACUUGUCGCGCAAGAGUUCCAAGACCGACUGUUGCUGUUGCUGGCUAUAGGCCAAGCAAAGUCCAGUCAGUGCGCAGCUUCUUAUAUAUAAAUACCUCGCUCAGUCACGCAAUCCGACAAUCAAGCCCUAAUCAUGGCACCAACACUACCAGCCCCUCUCGAGGGCAAGAAGAGGAGGAUUGCCAUCAUGACCAGUGGCGGUGACUCCCCUGGCAUGAAUGGCGCAGUAAGAGCUUGUGUGAGAAUGGCCAUAGCCAAGGGGUGCGAAGCAUACUGUGUUUACGAGGGCUAUGAAGGCUUAGUGCAGGGCGGUGACAUGAUCAAGCCCAUGAAAUGGGAGGACGUUCGAGGUUUUCUGUCAGAGGGCGGCACUCUGAUCGGUACCGCACGGUGUAUGGCCUUCAUGGAACGACCAGGACGACUGACCGCGGCGAAGAACAUGAUUAUGAACGGGAUUGACGCGCUCAUCAUCUGCGGAGGCGACGGCAGUCUUACUGGUGCGGAUAAGUUUCGCGCCGAGUGGCCAGGACUCAUGGAGGAACUUGUACAAAAGAAGCAAUUGACUGUUGAGCAAGUGGCUCCUUUCAGGCAGCUGAACAUCGUCGGACUUGUCGGCAGUAUCGACAAUGACUUAUCCAUGACCGAUGCUACCAUUGGGUGCUAUUCUUCUUUGCAGCGCAUUUGUGAAUCCGUGGACUAUAUCGAUGCGACUGCGCAGUCACACCAACGUGCAUUCGUUAUCGAAGUCAUGGGUAGACAUUGUGGCUGGCUCGCAUUGAUGGCUGGAGUCAGUACUGGUGCAGAUUAUGUUUUUAUGCCUGAGAAGCCACCACCAGAGAAUUGGGAAGAAGAUCUUGCCAGUAUAGUCAAGAAGCAUAGAAGUCUUGGGAAGAGAAAGACUAUCGUCAUUGUUGCUGAAGGAGCCCACGACUGCAACCUUCAGCCUAUUAAAGUCAGCAAAGUCAAGGAUCUCCUUGCUGGUGAUAAGUUGAAACUUGAUACCAGGAUCACUACUCUUGGACACGUCCAGCGUGGAGGACAAGCUUGCGCUUACGACCGAAUGCUUUCAACAUUACAAGGAGCUGAGGCUGUCAAUGCUGUUUUGGAUGCCGAACCGGGGAUUCCCAGUCCAGUCAUCUGUAUUGUUGAGAACAAAAUUGUGCGUCGAUCACUCCUUGAGGCCGUUGCUCAAACCAAGGAAGUUGCAAAAUGCAUAGAGAGAAAGGAAUUUGACAAAGCAAUGCAAUUACGAGACGCCGAGUUCACAGAAUACUACAACGCCUAUAAGAUUACCACUUCCACCGAAAAGCCAGAGAUGUUACUACCCGAAGAGAAGCGCAUGCGAGUCGGCAUCAUCCAUGUCGGUGCGCCGGCUGGUGGUAUGAAUGCAGCAACUCGAGCGGCAGUAGCGUAUUGCUUGGCUCGAGGCCACACGCCCAUUGCUCUUCACAAUGGAUUCCCUGGUCUCAUCCGUCAUCACGAUGACAAGCCUCUUGGUUCCGUGCGAGAAAUCAGCUGGCUGGACGCCGAGUCGUGGGCUAGUAAAGGAGGCUCUGAAAUUGGUACCAACCGUAGCUUACCCUCGGAAGAUCUGGAGACGGUUGCUUUUUGCUUCAAAAAGUACAACAUUCAGGGUCUAUUCGUCGUCGGUGGAUUUGAGGCUUUCACCGCAGUUAGUGAGCUUCGCCAGGGUCGCCCACACUACAGCUCCUUUAAGAUUCCCAUGAUCGUUCUUCCGGCGACCGUCAGUAACAACGUACCUGGCACAGAGUAUUCGAUUGGUAGUGAUACUUGCUUGAACGCGUUAAUUCAAUACUGUGAUGCAUGUCGACAGUCAGCUUCUUCAUCCAGGCGACGAGUUUUUGUUGUUGAGACUCAAGGUGGCUACAGUGGUUACAUUGCGACAGUAGCAGGUCUAUCGAUUGGUGCUGUUGCCGUGUAUACCCCAGAAGAGGGAAUCAACAUAAAAAUGUUGGACAAAGAUAUUGAUUUACUCCGGGAGACAUUUGCGAAGGAUAGAGGUCAAAGCAGGGCUGGAAAGAUCAUUCUCCGUAAUGAAAAGGCAUCAGAUUGUUACACGACCGAAAUCAUUGCCAAUAUGAUCCGGAACGAAGCAAAUGGCCGCUUCGAAGCCCGUUACGCUGUCCCGGGCCACUUCCAGCAAGGUACAACACCUUCACCAAUGGAUCGCUGCCGCGCCGCUCGAUUCGGAGUUCGCUCGAUCCAGCAUCUGGAAGGUUGGUUUGGAAAGACCAAAGAUGAAAUUGACAACGAUCCCGCGAGCACUGUCGUAAUCGGUAUUAGAGGUGCACAAGUCAAGCUUUCUCCAAUGGAAAGCGUCGAGCGUUUUGAAACUGAUUGGAAGGCUAGAAGGCCGAAAGAAGAAUUCUGGAAAGACUACAACGAGAUUGUUGAUACACUCAGUGGGCGUAAGAGAGGAGCCAUCUCCUAGACCCCUCGUGAUACAAUUCCUGUAGCGUUUUGAUUACCUUCGCCUUGUCGUAGAGUUUGUAGAAGUUUAGUAGAAAUUCCAUAGAUAUGGCGGUUGAGGGCACAUACACAAGUUCAGCACUAAAAUCUGC